UAGUUAUAAAAUUAAUUUGGUUCUAACAUUAAGUAUGCUUUAUGCUUGUUAGACUAGUCCAAAUUUUAAUCAAUGGCUGCUUGCUUUUAACCGAUUACACCAUCUGGUGAAGUACACAAUAAAAAACUUUCCAAGCUCCUUCAAAAAUUGCAAAGCAACCUCAACGGAGACACCUAUGUAAAGAAAAAUGUGUAAAAAAGGUUUACAACACUAAUAUAUAUAUAUAUAUAUAUAUAAAUAUAAGAGAGAGAGAGAGAGAGAGAGAGAGAGGAGAAAAUUUCAUAAUGGGCAAGAUCAUCCAUCUAACAUGCUAGCGAAUAUAUGUUCGUUGACUCUGGUCAUCCCACAGAAAGGUGCAACGAGUUGUUGGCCCAAGUUGCUUGGAGUGGAGAGCCCGAUGUCACUGGACCUUACAAUCUUAAACCUCUUUUUAAAUUGGGUUUUUUCGAUAAAUAGCCACCUUACAACUCCAUUUUAGAAAAAUAGCAAAUUUUUUUUUUAAAAAAAAAACUAGCCAUCUUGGGACAAAAAUACCCUUGAUAAAAUUGAAAAUUACGCAAAAGGUUUUUUUUACACCCUUUCCUUUCUUCCUCUACACAGCCGUUCGUGGGGGUGGGGUUUCUCUAAACUCUUUGCAUCUCAUCGCCUCUCACUCUCAUUUUUUUGUAUUUUCUCAUAUCUCAAACUAAAAUCAGUAAAAUGGAAGAUGAUGACAUUGUAAUUGCGGUUUUAUACAAUGGAACAUUGGUACAAAAUGAUAGUGGUGAUUGGGAAUAUCGAAAUGGUAAAAAUGUAAUGGUUUCCGUCGACAAGAGAUGCACAAAAUCAGAGUUAGAGGAUGAGAUUUUCAAUUCUAUUGAGAUAGAUCGAAAUGAAUAUUUGCUAAAGCUAAAAUGGAUAUAUGGACGAUGUGCAGAAAAGUUGGAUCCUACAGAAAUACGAUGUGAUAGGGAUGUGAAAUGCUUUCUUCAAGAAGUGAGGAAUGGAGGGAUGACAAUGAUGCGGCCUCCAUUGUAUGUUGAGGUGAUUUCAAAAGUUGAACAUGUAUGUAGAAAUGUUCAUCAAACAGCAUUUGCUUCGGAUAGUGGGAGUAAUCUUCAUUCUUUUUCUUGUCCUCCAAUUGGCGCUCGUCUACCACAAGCUGCCGGUACUGAACCUAUUCAGGCUACAUCUCAGGAAAUUAUGGUUCAAGAAACUCAGUUUAGAGAUCAAGUUGAUGUUCGUGGGACCUGGACAUCAUUUAACAUUCACGAAGGAGUUGAUGUUGGAGGUGACUAUGCUGAACGGUUUCCUAACGACGAGGAGUAUGAGCAGUUGCAUCAUAUUGAUCAUGAUGAGAAUUACAAUGCAGCAGGGGAUGAUGUUGGUCAUAAUGAUGUAGAUUUUGAUCAUGAGUUGCCGGACAAUGAUAAUGAUAUGCAUCCUGAAAUGAACAAUGAAGGAGUUGAUGAUGUUAGGGUUCAUCGUGCUACAAGUGACCACAUAUCAUCGAGCAACAGAAGUGGUUCUAUGGCCAUAUUUUCGUCAAAGUUCACUGGCUGUGAGAGCAUAGUAGUUGGACAAUUAUUUCACAACAAACGUGACCUACAGAAUAAACUGAGUAUCUAUUGCAUGCGAGAAAAUAAGGAGUUCAAGGUGACACGGUCAACUACACAACGGUAUGAGGUUGUAUGCUUGGAAAAUACUUGUAAAUGGCGACUACGUGCAACCACAUUUAAAAAUGGAGAAAUAUUUGUUGUGAGAAUUUUUGAUAAUGUACACAGUUGCUCGUUAGAUAUCGUGUAUCGAGAACACAAGCAAGCCAGUAGCCGGGUUAUCGGGCAAUGUAUCAAAUCUAAAUAUGAAGGUAUUGCACGUGUUUACAAACCCAAAGAAAUUCAACAUGAUUUUUUGUAGAAAUAUGGGGUGAAUGUAAGCUACAACAAAGCAUGGAGAGGUAAAGAGUAUGCACUUAACAGUGUUAAGGGAUCUCCAGAGGAGAAUUUUGCUAAGUUACCUGCCUACUGUUAUGAGUUAGUGUCGAAGAACCCUGGGACUAUUACACGUAUCAAAACAGACGAUAAUAACAAUUUUGUAUAUUUCUUUAUGGCGAUUGGAGCAAGCAUUAGGGGAUUUAAAUCACACAUAAGACCCGUAUUGGCUGUUGAUGCAACUACAUUGAAAGGGAAAUACAAAGGGUACAUGUAUAUUGCAUCGGGCAUGGAUGGCAAUAAGCAAAUAUAUCCUUUGGCUUUCGGCAUUGGAGAUGGAGAGAACGAGCAAGCAUAUACAUGGUUUUUCCAAAACCUGAAGGAUGCCCCGCUAUUGAAAGGGCAUUACGCAAAGUUUUUCCCAAUGCAUACCAUGCGUUGUGCACGUACCAUAUAAGUAGAAAUAUUAAAGCAAAUGGACAUGCGAAAGAUGAAUCAAUAAUACAAUGUUUCAUGCUCGCAGCUAGUGCAUAUUUGGUUGAAGAUUUUGAGUUUUAUAUGGGGCAAAUUGAGGCAAAAAACAGUAGGGCUGCUCAGUACAUUCGAUCAUGUGACCCUACAAGGUGGGCACGUUCUCUUUGUCCAUGUAGAAGGUACACUAUUAUGACCACCAAUAUUGCAGAAAGCUUGAAUGGCAUUCUGCUAGAUGCUAGAGAGAUGCCAAUAGUAGCAUUAAUAGAGCACAUACGGGAUUUACUGUAAAGGUGGUUUUAUGAGCGACGUACUGCAGGUGCAAAAUUGACAAAGCCUGUGACUGACCAUAUGGAAGAGCAACUCAAACUACGAAAUUUAGAGUCCAUCGGACUACGUGUGAAAGCCAUUAAUAUGCAUGAAUUUCUUGUGGAAGGUGGGAGUUUGAGGAGUACAGUUAAUCUCCAAUCAAAAACAUGCUCAUGCAAAGUCUUCGAUCUUGAUCAAUAUCCUUGUGAUCAUUGUAUUGCCGCUUGCAGAGACCGAAAAAUUGCUCCUUAUGGCAUGUGUUCUCAUUACUACACCGCGGAUGCAUAUUGUGCAGCUUAUGCUGAGUCCAUUUAUCCUUUGUUAGAUGAAAAACAGUGGCAUGUCCCGGAUGACGUGGCAAGUCGCAUUGUUCUUCCACCAAGAUGGACACGUAGGCGAGCCGGUAGACCGAGGAUGCAACGCAUACCAUCCAAAGGUGAAGAUGUUAUUGGACGUAGAUGUAGCCGAUGCGGUGGUGUUGGACAUUAUAGGCAGAGAUGUAUGAAUCUAUUGUCUUAUGCUUCAAAUUAGAAAGUUUUAAUUUAGUGUUAUGGUUUAAUAUGUUUUGAUAAUUAUUUCAUAUAUUGGAUAUAAUAUUUUCUACUC